UCCGUCGAUAUUUUGAACUUUUGAAAAAUUAUUUACCCAUUUAAAAGAAAUGGAUACGUCCUACAAGUCGGAAAGAAACAAAGCCUACAGUCAGGGCGUUUUGACAUUUAUCUAUCUUUCUCCUUCUUUUAUUUCCGUUAUUCUAGGUUCAAAAUCCACCGAAGAUGAAUGAAGGUGACUUGGAGAAGCUUGCUGUGGAGGAGCUUCUGCGUGAAGCGAAGAGGGGUCGGGAACGUGCCAAGGACAUGGGACCAGCAGGGUGGGACAAGUGCCCGGUUCCACCGGCAAACAAACGGUUUCUCAUCAACACUUUGGCCAGCCAGCUGUCUGAUAAAAAUCGCCAACAGCGGUCGGAGAGAAAAAAGAGUGACAACGACGGUCCAUCCAGUUCAUCACCAUCAACCAAUCAGAGACGUGCUACUGCUAGGUCUAGCUCCACGGGAAAAUCGAGAACACAUCAUGAUGCCGAUAGUGCAUCAAGGAAAAAGGACAGACAUAGGAAAUCUCAGCAGAAAAGAAACCUCUUCAUCACGCUCAAGUCACAGAUCAAAAAGGGACAGAUCAAGAAGUCAGAGUAA